AUGGGAUUUUUCAUGUCGACGAAGAUCGGAGGGAUUCUUACGUUAGCCUUGGUAUUCUUGUCCCUGGUGGUGUCAGGAGAUGCAGAUGUGAACUGUGAGAACAUGUAUAAGGACUUUUCUGAUUGUGUCCUGGUGCUGGGAAAGAGCAUGGACAACUAUCAGGAGAACGUGACCAGCGAGAGGGGAGUGGCAGCCGUGUGCAGCCACUGGGAAGCUUUCCACACAUGUGCCCUCACAGCGCUGUCCGACUGUCAAGAGGAAGUCAGCUCCAUCUGGGAGACUCUGAGGCAUGACGCCACGAAGAUGCACUUCCAGGGAAGUCUGUUCGACCUGUGCAGCCCCAGCUCCUCGCCACGCAAAAGUUCAUCUCUUGCUGCCCUUACCCUGCCCCUGAUAGGUGUGUUGAUCAUGACUGGGCCCAACUGGUUCCCCUUAUAA